AUGUCCAACAAACCCCUUCGACCACGAGGCGACCUCGCCUCUGAAAUCACACCCAUAGUAAUGGGCGGAGCAGCAUGGUCGCACCAACUGAACCCGGACGCCGACACCCGUCCCAUCAUCCCCGUCAUCUUGAAAGCUUUCGAGAAAGGCAUUCGCACAAUCGACACUUCACCCUACUACGAGCCCUCUGAAAAGAUCCUCGGAGCAGCACUUGCCGACCCUGCCAUCAGUUCAAAGUAUUCCCGAGAGGACUAUUUCCUAAUGACCAAAGUGGGGAGGGUGGCAGCUGAGGAAUUCAACUAUUCACCCGAGUGGGUCAAAGAAUCUGUAGAAAGGAGUUUACGCCGAUUUCAAACUGGCUAUCUCGACGUGGUGUUUUGCCACGAUGUAGAAUUUGUUUCCGACGCCUCCUGCUUAGCUGCUUUAUCCACACUUUGGCAGUUUGUGGAUGAGGGCAAGAUACGAUAUGUGGGCAUUUCUGGGUAUCCGAUCGAGAAGUUGGUUAGGGUUGCUAGGUUGUGUAGAGAGAAGCUGGGCAGAAGUGUGGAUGUGGUGCAGAAUUGGGGGCAAUUGACGUUGCAGAAUACAAAGUUGAGGACGCAAGGGUUGGAGGCUUUGAAGGAGGUGGGAGUUAAGGUGGUGUGCAGUAGUUCGCCGCUGAAUAUUGGGUUGCUUAGAAAGCAGGGUGUGCCUAUUGGCAAUCUAGGAGACUGGCAUCCUGCACCCCCAGGUCUACGUCUCGCAGCCGCCAACGCAGCAACCUACGUCUCCUCCCGGGGUGACUCCCUGGCCUCCCUAGCCCUGCGUUUCGCCGUCCGCGAAACCGCCUCCAAAAGCCCUGACUUGCCCUCUAUGGCACUAAUCAUGGGACCAGGCAGUGUAGCAGAAGUAGAAAGCUGUGCUGCUGCUGCCAAUAGCGUCAAAGACCAUAGUGUUCAGGGAAAAUACGGAGAUCUGAGAGAUGGAGUGGUAGUUGAUGAGGAAGGACGUAAAAGGGAUCAAGGGUUGGUGGAUGGGGUCAGGGAGAUAUUGGGAGAGUGGAUUGAUUAUUCGUUUGUUAGUCCGCCUGAAGGGUGGGAUGUUGAGGCUGGGAGGAUGGGGAGUGUGUAG